AACUGCACAUGAUUGCUUACGUUUGCUUCGAUUGUGCAUUUGAAAUGCGCCCGCUUGCUUGCCCUUUCCGGGCUGUAUCCAAGCCCACUUACCAGCGGGGUUGCUGCUGCUCCUACCCUCCAUUCCAUCUCCCACCCGCACAAACGCAUUCCAUAAAGACCGGGGCAAUUCCCUCCAGCCGCGAAGCCAACGGAAGCCUCUUAAGCGGUCCCGACCAUGUCAGCGGCGCCUCCCCUUCCGACGUAAGCCACACCCCUAGCAAAGCAAUAGAAUCCACCGCGACCAGCCAUGCAGCCGGCGACGUAAGCGAGUACAGCAGCAGGCUUGACGACGCAGGCGGUGACGGUGGAGACGCAGGAGGCAGCGGUGGCGACGGGCGAGGUGACAUGAGGGGGCCAGGUGGUUCCGGAGGGCCAGGCGACUCUCCGCCUCUGCCGCAGUACCCCCUCUGGCUCCGGGUGUGGCUGAUCGCGUGCGGUGCGGUGUACCUGCUGCUGCUGCGGCCACGGCUGUUCAGCGAGCGGGAGGAGCGGCGGCGGCAGGCGGAGCGGGAGGUGGCGCAGUACGACAAGUACGAGGAGGACUGGAGCAGGCUCCUAGCCAAGUUCGCGGAGUCCCAAGAUGCCGCCGCUGAGAAGGAGGAGCAGCAAGCGGGCAGCGGCAGGGGAAAGGCCAAGCGCAGGACGCAGCGCAGCGCCGCUGUGCCCCCUGACGACCUCAGCACGUCCCUGCUGCGGCAAGUGGGGAAGGAGCCUAAGGAGCGAGGCGGCUCCCAAGACCUUCAUGCCGCCUCUUUAGGAACCGCAACCGCCACCGGCGGAGUGUACAAGAGCGCGAGCCGCAACUAACUCCAGGGGCAGCGGACUCAGCAAGAGUGCUAACGCCAACGUUCAUAAUAAAUGUUGACUAUGAUGAUGAAUAUAAUGAUGCAGAGUAAGCAAAGUAUGGCAGACAGUGUCGCCACAGCGGCGGCGGGUGGCAGCCUCCCCUUCCGCCCCGCCGGCUCCCGACAAGUCGCUCGAUAGCACAUCCGCGUGCGGCCCUUGCCUGGCCAAUGCACGCAAGUGCCCCGCACACGCGCAACUCACAGUGCGUUCCGCCUCGCGGCCAGUUUUCUUAACGCAACUCUACAACGCUAAAGAUGAGAGCUGUAGCGACGGGUGCUGGAGGAUGGGGGGGCGCCAGGGACGGCCGGAGCCGAAGCCAGCAAGCGAAGGCCCGCAGGACGCGACAUGCGAGGGCGCUGGCAGGGCUCCACAGGCCGGCAAAGAAAGAGGGGCAAGCAGGGACGUCCGACAUAGAGGUCUGACGCCCUUGGCAGUAAUGGGCAUCGCAUGUGUGUCCCUUGGAUGAAAAGCGAUGUUACAUGAGGUCGUGUUGCUGAUGUAAUGUAAAUAAAUGCAUUGAACGGUGCUGAGAGGGGUGGGUGAAGGUACGGCCCAUCUACCGUACCCCUUCUCUGGGGUAUUGCAACAGUAAGUCUGGUUUGCAAAGGAGAACACCAAUCCACUCUGGAUACCCAACUGCGACACACUGUCGUCUAACCAUAUACUGACAUUGGGGAAGGCCCAGAACAGGCAAGCACGGGGUAAGCAAGACACCCCACUCAAUCGCUACACAAGAUCCCUCACCUUCACCAAGGCGCGAACAACCGGACAAGACAAAAAGCGCUCUAAACCGGUGUUAAGCGCCCCUAGCCACCUUGGGAUUACACCUUCCUUCGCCAGCUUAUAACCCGGCGGAGUUCACGGUGACAAAGACAAAACACCAGAACACAUACGGACGGCGGUGAGGUUGCGCAGUCACGCUUCCUGGGAUCGCGGGUUCUUCUUGAGGGCAGUCCGUGGGUGACACUGCACAUCCAGUAGUCGCCUACAGCAUAACCAAGUAUGUCCGGGAAACGCAGGGGAAGCUGUCCAAAACACACACAUGUGGUAAUGCCCGCUCCAUUUUUGACACUUAUGGGCAGUACGGAGCAACAAUGCUGCGCGGUAUAAUUGCGGACCCGGACGUCGCUUCACAACACCAGCGAAUAACAUACCACACAUAAAGAAAGCCGCAAGCUAAGGAGUGUUCGUAUUCCAUACUGUAGCAUUAGCGGAUUAGCAUAGCAAGGA